AUGGGCUACAUAAUGAUGCCUCGGUUUCAAUUCGCUUUCCGCCGAACUUUAUUCUACUUGUUGUUGAUAUUCGUCUACCUGAUCCUCGGCUCGUUGGUCUUCUUCUUCCUCUGGAAGCGUGGGUCGCAUGUUAAGGUAGGGUGGGGGUUUUAAAUUUUUAAAUGUUUAGUUUCGACAGUUUUUAAACUUUAAAAAAUUUUUUUGGCCGGGCAGGGUAAGAGGCUUAAAUUGAGUUUUUUUACUGUAGAAGCUAGGGUAGGGUAGGGUAGGGUAGAUACAUAAAACCGCCUUGAGCACGUCAAAAAAUCUGAAAAAAAAUAUUGGGAGGGGUAAAAAAAUGAAAAAAUUUUUUAAGAUUGAGUUUUUUACUGCAGAUGCUACUGUACCUUAAGCAAGCAAAAAAAACCAAAAAAAAAUUUGGGAGGGGUAGAAAUAUUUUUAUUGAAGGGGGGAGUAAAAAAUAGGGGAAGGGGGGAAGAAAAAUGAUUUUUUUUCAAGUUACAGGAGGUAACUGCAAAUUUUUUAAAUUUUUGUUUUAAAAAAAGUCAUUUAGGCCAUUGGAUCCUCCACAGAACGGCUCGACUUUGAACGUGCUGAAUUGCUCAACGUUCUCUAUGCUGAAGCUAUUGGCCGGCAAGGUAAGUUUUAUUUUUAGGUUUAAAAUUUAAUUUUUGUGACAUUUUUAGCGUUUAUCAAUAAAAUUUUUUCAUAUUCUAAAUUGAUUUUCUUUAAAAUUGAAGCCUAAAAAUAUUUUUUAAGCCGAAGAUCAAGUUUUUAAGCCUAAAACCAAGCUUUUAAGCCUAAAAUAAGUUUUUAAGCCUAAAAUUAAGCUUUUAAGCCUAAAAUAAGUUUUUAAGCUUAAAAAUAAGCAUUUAAAUCUAAAAAAUAUAUUUUCAAGUCUAUUAAUAAGCUUUAGCCUAAAAAUAAAGUGUUUAGGCUUAAAAACUUUAUAAUUUUUAAAAAUAAGGUUAACAUUUUCAGAACACGACUGGUCGUUACUGGCAAAUCAGAAGCUUGAUGCGUAUGAAAAAUCGUUGAGUGAGAGGAUUGAAAGUGGGCAAAUCGAGCCAAAACAGAAGAUUAAACCUUCAUUUGGGUUGGCCUUCAGGCAUUCUUUCUACCUUAUCACUACUAUUGGUAGGUUAUUAUUGCUUUCUUUGGUUUAUAAGAUAGAGUAAGCAUAAUGUACAGUAGGGCAUAAAUAGGGCAGGGUAGAACAGGGUAGGGUAAAUUAGGGUAGGAUAGGGUAUAUUAGAGUAGAGUAGGAUAGGGCAGGGUAGGGUAUGGUAGGUUAGGGUAGGGUAGGGUAGGGUGAGGUAGGAUACGGUACGGAACGUUACUUUACGGUACAGUACGGCAUGGCACGGUAGUGCCAUUUUGAGACCCUUUAUUACCUAAAAACCGCCAUUUCAGGCCCAGUUGACAUUGAUGACUUGAACUUUGAAUCAAAGUUGUUCUCAAUCUUAUACUCGGCGUUCGGAAUCCCAUUUGUGUUGCUAUAUCUAGGACAAUGUGCACGAGCGAUUACUUCAAUAGUAUCUGGUUUGAAGCAGUUACUACUACUACUGGUUACUGUACUUUUCCUAGUAUCAAUAGCCUAUGAUGUGGUGGAGCAAAGCGCUGAAGAUACUGUAGGUUUAUAAGCUUUCUGUAACUUACUGGUACUAUAUAGUACCUUCUAUACUAUAUAGUACCUUCGUAUAUCAUAUAGUAUUCGAUCAUACAAUGUAGUACCUUCCCAUACUAUAUAUUACCUUCCAUACUAUAUAGUAUAUUCGAAUACUAUAUAGUACCUGAUCAUACUAUUUAGUACCUGACUAUACUAUUUAGUACCUGACUAUACUAUAUAGUACCUGACUAUACUAUAUAGUACCUGUUCAUACUAUAUAGUAUAUUCGCAUACUAUAUAGUACCUGAUCAUACUAUGUAAUACCUGCCCAUACUAUAUAGCACUUGUUCAUACUACAUAGUACUUGCCCAUACUACCUUAUAGUACUGUCCAAUACUAUUUUCGCAGUACAUAACAUCAUUUUUAGCCUUUUAUCGACGCCGUGUUCUCAGUGUUCCUCCAAAUGAGCACGAUAGGUUGUGAGGAUGACAAAGACGAGUUACCAUCAAUCCUACUGUACAUUACAGCCGUGUUUGGUAUCUCGGCCUUCAGUGUAACAUUCAUGGCGAUUCAACAAGAAAUCGAACGUUUCAUCGGUCCGUACGAGCUUCAGUUUACUCAACAGUACGGCAAGAUGGAACGUGCUAUCAGUGGGUCAAGGUUGGAGGUGCUGCAGGAGGAUGAUACUGAGGAGUAG